AUGGAAGCCCGCUACUUAGCCAGGGGCCUCCGCGCCCGGCCAACCCCAUGGCUCUUCGCCGCGCGCCAACAAACUGCCAUCCAGCAAUCCUUCCUCAAUACACUCCGCUACAACUCCUCAAAUAACUCUCCUAAACUACCGCAAUCCACAGAAGCUCCAGCAGCCGCGGCAGCAACCCCAUCACAACCGCCAGCCGCAAAUGGCCGUCAGAGUGUCGCCUCCGACUUCGACGACAUCCUCAAUAAACUCGACCUGGGCAGCCCGUCCCAGUCCAGCACACAGGCGACUGCGCCACGCGCCAAUCCCAGUUCCGUUCGCCCCGUGAAACCUGCCCAGCCCAGCCCUAUCGGCGCGGAGUUGAAGCUCGGUCCCACUCUCGGUCGUCAAGUCUACGUUGAGCCUGAGCGUGGAAUGGACCUCCCUGCUGCAAUUCGUAACUUGCAACAAACCUGUAUCUCCAAUGGCGUGAAGAUGCAGUCGAAUAAGCAGAAGUUCCAUGUGCGGAAGGGUAUGGUGCGGAAGGAGCUUCGCAGGACUCGGUGGCGGAAGCUGUUCAAGUUCUCCUUCAAGGCUACUGUGAAGAAGAUUCAGCGCAUGCAAGCCCAGGGUUGGUAA